GAGGGGCCGGGCUGGGGCCGGACGUGCCGUGUCGGGGCUGGCCGACUCCUCCCAGCCCCUCGGAGGCCCGGCCGGGCACCGCGGCGGCGCAGCGCGGGGAGGACCCCUGCACGGAGCGGAGCUCGCGUCCGUCAGGUGGGCCUGAGAGACGGGACGCCCAGCGGGAGGGUGGCGCUCCACGAGGCCCCGCCGUCCAUGGUCAACUCAGAGCAGCGCCAGCACGCUGAGCACAUCUUCCUGUCCUUCAGGAAGUCAAAGUCACCCUUUGCAGUUUGCAAGCACAUUUUGGAGACAAGCAAGGUGGACUAUGUCCUGUUCCAGGCGGCCACAGCCAUAAUGGAGGCAGUUGUGCGGGAGUGGAUCCUCCUGGAGAAAGGCAGCGUCGAGUCCCUGCGCACCUUCCUGCUGACCUACGUCCUCCAGAGGCCCAACCUCCAAAAGUAUGUUCGGGAACAGAUUCUAUUAGCAGUAGCAGUAAUUGUAAAACGAGGAUCGUUAGAUAAAUCAAUUGACUGCAAAAGCAUUUUUCAUGAAGUCAGCCAGUUGAUAAGCAGUGGCAGCCCCACUGUGCAAACUCUGGCGUGCUCUAUUCUGACUGCACUGUUGAGUGAGUUCUCAAGUUCCAGUAAAACUAGCAACAUUGGACUGAGCAUGGAAUUCCAUGGCAACUGCAAGAGAGUUUUCCAGGAAGAAGACCUUCGUCAGAUCUUCAUGUUAACUGUUGAGGUCCUGCAGGAGUUCAGCAGGCGGGAGACCCUCAGUGCUCAGAUGUCUUCAGUUUUCCAGCGGUACCUUGCUCUCGCCAACCAAGUCUUGAGCUGGAACUUUCUUCCUCCAAAUUUGGGCAGACACUAUAUAGCCAUGUUUGAAUCCUCACAAAAUGUGCUCUUGAAGCCAACGGAGUCCUGGCGGGAGGCCCUUCUGGACAGCAGGGUCAUGGAGCUGUUCUUCACCGUACACCGCAAGGUCAGAGAAGACUCGGACAUGGCCCAGGACUCGCUGCAGUGCCUCGCGCAGCUGGCCUCGCUGCACGGCCCCGUCUUCCCCGACGAGGGGGCCCAGGUGGACUACCUGGCACACUUCAUCGAGGGCUUGCUGAGCACGGUCAACGGGAUCGAGAUAGAGGACUCUGAGGCCGUGGGCGUCUCCAGCAUCAUCAGCAACCUGAUAACCGUGUUCCCCCGGAGCGCCCUGACCGCCAUCCCCACGGAGCUCUUCUCCUCCUUCGUGAACUGCCUCACGCACCUCACGUGCUCUUUCGGGCGGAGCGCCGCGCUGGAGGAGGUGCUGGACAAAGACGACAUGGUGUACAUGGAGGCAUACGACCGGCUGCUGGAGUCCUGGCUCACUUUGGUCCAAGACGACAAACAUUUUCAUAAAGGCUUCUUCACCCAACACGCAGUUCAAGUUUUCAAUUCCUACAUUCAGUGCCACCUGGCUGCUCCUGACGGCACGAGGAAUUUGACUGCCAAUGGUGUGGCCUCUCGCGAGGAGGAGGAAAUAAGUGAGCUUCAGGAGGAUGACCGAGACCAGUUUUCGGAUCAGCUGGCCAGCGUCGGAAUGCUAGGGCGCAUUGCUGCCGAGCACUGUGUGCCUCUCCUGACCAGCUUGCUAGAGGAGCGAGUGGCGCGGCUGCACGGGCAGCUCCAGCGGCGGCAGCAGCUCCUCGCCUCGGCCACUCCGGGCGCGGCGGACGGCCGGGCGCUCGACGACCUGUACGAAGACAUUCACUGGCUUAUUUUAGUUACAGGCUACCUCUUAGCUGAUGAUACUCAGGGAGAGACUCCGCUAAUACCUCCAGAAAUAAUGGAAUAUUCCAUUAAGCAUGCAUCCGAAGUUGACAUUAAUACAACACUUCAAAUUUUGGGAUCUCCAGGAGAAAAGGCUUCUUCCAUCCCAGGGCACAACAGAACAGAUUCUGUGAUUAGGCUAUUAUCUGCCAUUCUCAGAGUUUCAGAAGUUGAAUCUCGAGCAAUAAGAGCAGAUCUCACUCAUCUCCUAAGCCCUCAGAUGGGCAAAGAUAUUGUGUGGUUUCUAAAACGCUGGGCAAAGACUUACCUCCUGGUGGACGAGAAACUGUAUGAUCAGCUGAUCUUUCCUUCUGACCUUGAACUUGUUCUCUCUCUGAAGAUAAGUGUGCCGUUCAGUACGGCAUUUGGAGCAGACACAGAGGGCUCUCAGUGGAUUGUGGGCUACCUCUUACAGAAGGUCCUCAGCAACCUCUCGGUGUGCAGCAGUGAGCAGGACCUGGCCAGCGACACCGUGCAGCUUCUGGUCACGCUGGUGGAGAGAAGGGAGAGGGCAAACUUAGUGAUUCAGUGUGAAAACUGGUGGAACUUAGCUAAGCAGUUUGCAAGCCGAAGUCCCCCUCUGAAUUUCCUGUCCAGCCCUGUGCAGAGGACACUGAUGAAGGCCCUCGUCCUGGGAGGGUUCGCACACAUGGACACGGAGACCAAGCAGCAGUACUGGACAGAGGUUCUUCAGCCACUUCAGCAGCGGUUCCUGAGGGUGAUAAAUCAGGAGAACUUCCAGCAGCUGUGCCAGCAGGAGGAGGUCAAGCAGGAGAUCACGGCCACUCUGGAGGCCCUGUGCGGCAUUGCCGAGGCCACCCAGGUUGACAAUGUGGCGAUCCUUUUUAAUUUUUUAAUGGACUUCCUUACCAAUUGCAUUGGAUUGAUGGAAGUUUAUAGAAAUACCCCAGAGACCGUCAACCUCAUAAUAGAAGUGUUCGUAGAAGUCGCACAUAAGCAGAUAUGCUACCUUGGAGAGUCCAAAGCUAUGAACUUGUAUGAAGCCUGCCUCACUUUGCUGCAAGUCUACUCAAAGAAUAACCUGGGGCGGCAGAGGAUAGACGUCACGGCGGAGGAGGAGCAGUACCAGGACCUGCUCCUCAUCAUGGAGCUCCUCACCAACCUGCUGUCCAAGGAGUUCAUCGACUUCAGCGACACAGACGAGGUUUUCCGAGGGCAGGAGGUGGGGCCGACGGCCGGCAGGCCCGUGUCAGCGGCGGAUGUCGUGCUGUACGGGGUGAACCUGAUUCUGCCCUUGAUGUCCCAGGACCUCCUGAAGUUUCCCACCCUUUGUAAUCAGUACUACAAAUUAAUCACAUUUAUCUGUGAGAUUUUUCCUGAAAAAAUACCACAGCUUCCUGAGGAUCUGUUUAAGAGUCUGAUGUACUCGCUGGAACUAGGAAUGACAUCAAUGAGCUCGGAGGUUUGCCAGCUGUGCCUGGAGGCAUUGACGCCCUUAGCGGAGCAGUGCGCCAAAGCGCAGGAGACGGACUCGCCGCUGUUCCUGGCCACGCGGCACUUCCUCAAGCUGGUUUUUGAUAUGCUGGUUUUGCAAAAGCACAACACGGAGAUGACCACUGCAGCCGGAGAAGCUUUCUACACGUUGGUGUGCUUGCAUCAGGCUGAAUACUCUGAGUUGGUUGAAACGUUACUAUCGAGUCAGCAAGACCCGAUUAUUUACCAGAGGUUAGCGGACGCCUUCAACAAGCUCACAGCCAGCAGCACUCCGCCCGCGCUGGAUCGCAAGCAGAAGAUGGCCUUCCUGAAGAGUCUAGAAGAGUUUAUGGCGAAUGUUGGUGGUCUCCUUUGUGUCAAAUAAAUGACAAAACUUUAUGCUUAA